UAGAUAAUAACCACAUCCAUUCAUUCACACCUCUAUUUCUAUACCACGGAACCAACCCAUGGACCCAACACCAUCCACAAUAACCACCACCAACAUCACCACCACAAAUCAAACACUCUCAUCACAUCCUUACAUCUGAAACAAACCAAAAAUGCGCCUCACAACCCCAACCCUCAAAGCCAUCACCCCCACCAAACCAACCACAAACAAUACUAGUAUAAAAGCAUCCUACCCCUGGCUCCAAAUCCUCAAAGCAACGACCCUCCAACACCUCGCCCAAAAAACCGGGAUUAAGAGUUCCGGCCCCAAAGCACUGCUCAUUCAAAGAUUAGAGGGCGAACUUCCCCGUUGUGAGUACCUGCAUCAUGGGUCUGGGUCUGGAUCUGGCUCUACUCGCAAGAAUCCAAAGGCAAGGGAACUUAGGAUUCUGAGUAUUGAUAUGGGGAUUCGGAAUUUGGCGUUUGCGUGUUUAUCCGUGCCGCCUGAUCCCGCUUCUUUGUCUGGAGGAGAUAAUCUUGGGAAGAAUUAUGAGGGUGGAGGUGGAACUGGAAAUCAAAUCGUUCUGGAGGCGUGGAGACGAUUGUCUAUUCCGCGUAUUAGGGAGGAAUUUAAUCUUCCUGUGUCUAUGUCUAUGUCUGAGUCGUUGGCUAAGACGGGGAUUCGGUUGAUUGCGUCUGAGGAGGAACACACCACCACCACAGAUACUGGGGAUAGUAUCACUUCCCCAGCAGCCACAAAAGAAGAUUUCUCCCCCGCUGUCUACGCUCACCAUGCAUACUCCCUCAUCACGACACUUUUGGAUCUCUAUAAACCUACACACAUUCUGAUUGAACGACAACGGUUCAGAAGUGGAGGUGGGUCGGCGGUGCAGGAGUGGACGAUUCGAGUGGGUGUGUUUGAGGGGAUGUUGUAUGCUGUUUUGAGGACUUUGAGGGUUGCUGUUGGGGGAGAGGGGGGGUUGGUUGGUGGUGAAGUGGAGGUUUGGGGUAUGGAGCCUGGAAGGGUGAGUCGGUUUUGGGGUGAGGAGGGUGAUCAGAGUAAUGCUGGUGAUGGGGAUGGGGAUGGUAAGAAGAAGAGGAAGAGCGUGCGGGAUGUCAAGAAGAUGAAGAUUGGGUUGGUUGGGGGAUGGUUGGGAGAGGAAAGUGGGAGGGUGGUGGUUGGGGAGGAUGGAGAAGUGAGGAAAUGGGUGGAUGCGUUUUUGGAAAAGUAUCAAGGGAAGAGAAGUAAAAAGGGAGAUGGGAAAGUGGAGAUUGGGAAACUGGAUGAUUUGGCGGAUUGUUUGGUGCAGGGAGUUACUUGGCUUGAGUGGCAGCGGAUGCGCCAAAAGGUGGUUUUGGCUGAGGGGCGGAUUGAAUGA